AAAAAAGAUGCCAUUCACUAGUGCGGAGCUCGUGGAGCGUUUUCCAGCCGGGUCGCAUGACGAAGUCCGCUUUCUCAAGGCCAUCAAGGAUGCUCAAGUAUUUUAUGGUGGCAAAUUAUCCGGUCAUGAGAUCGAAAUCGCGUUUGUCCGAAAAGCUGUCCCAGAUGCACUGGAACACGUGUCGGAUGAGGCGGUGCGGAACGCUUUUAGAGGUAAGAGGAUUUUUUUCUACUUCUAUUUUGGUUUUCUUUGCAUUUUCUUUUCACAUUAACUGCCUGCUAGAAGUUCCUAGGCGGAUCUUUCUUUUUGACUUAUAUGCAAUUAGUUUGAUUUCUACGACGUCUACGCGAAGGUCCACAGCAUGCUUUCACCUUGAGCAUCAUAUACAAAUCCCAAAUCUCCUCCAGCUUCUCCUAUUCCACUUCCUUCAUUCCUUUCCUCAUUCGUUCCUAUACAACAACAACUACAACAUCAACUACCUCAUCCCGCCUACUGCAGAUCUCGGCGUCCUCAAGUCUUCUAUGACAGAGAGCGAAGAUUUCCGCAAGGAUUUCGAUCGAGCAGCAGUGGCCGUACAACGCAAACUGGGUCCUUUGAAUGGCACUAAACGAGAGUUGCUCUCUGUCCGCCAAGGAUUCCCUGACAGACUCAGAGAAUGGACCGAUGUUAACAUUCUGCAGGAAUUGGCCCAAGUGCCGGAUCUAGAUAGCAAGGGCAUAGUGAAGAAGCUGUUUGCGGUUGCGGCGAAAGAGAUAUCAGAGAAAGAGAUGGGGGAUGAGAUGCAUUAUGUUGGUGAUCUGGAAAGACGAUGUCUCUAGGUGAAUUCAAGUUCAACUUCAAGAACUUCAGGUUCGUCAAAAUCUUCGAGAUUAGAAGACGAAGGUCUUGAAUCCUUGUCGUUGUCCCACUCCACCUGGUGCUGUUUCUCAAUUGUCCUUUUCCCGCGCUCUAAUCACUAAGGGUACAGCUUGCCAGAGGUUUCUUCCUCGAUGGUUUGGAAUUGUGGACGGAAGCCGAGAUCCUGCAAGCUCUGGACCAAGAAAUGGCGAUGGAGAUGAGUAUAUCUGGCUCGUAUAUUUGGUGUUGUGCGAUUUGAAUUUAUGAGCAUCGUGAACAUGAUUCAUUUGUGCCGAUCGAUCACUCAACGUCAACCUACCUACCAUUUUUAUAGAAAUUUCUUGUCGUGUCUUCAAGGUCAGGAAGCAUGUGCCUUUCUUUCAAGUAACAUUAACCUCGAUCACCGAUCCACCCAUGAUCUUCAGGUUUCGAGCCCGUGAGUGUGGCACUAACGAAGCAUCCAGUAAAGCUUGCGUCGGGUGGCAGCACGUCUAGCACGUUCUACAAAUCCGAAACCAAACUCCAAGAAGCGAAAAGACGGCAGACUGCACGUGAAAACGAGAAUGCUUUAGCGAAGAAGAAGCUUGAAGAAAGAAAAGCUAUGAAUGCGAAUCAAAAUCAGCAUAGUAGCACAUCGCUCAAAACGCGCACGGGAACAACAUCACAAGGGAACAAAGCGGGCAAGAACCUCAAGAAGACAUCGUCUUCACCGGAUUCGGGACAUCAUCGGACAAUGGGACCGCCGCCUUUCCUUGAACGACCAUUAACGAAAGCAGAACUGCUGAAGAAGCUAGAUAAGGAAGAAGAAGAGAGGCUGUGGAAUUUUGACAUAGUAAACAGAUACGAUGCAAACCAAUGGAAUGGACCUGGGACCAGUGCGGAUAAGCUGGAUUUGCUUUUAUGGAAAAACAAAGAUCCCAAUCCGAUGAUUGCCACUCAUAUGUCAGUAUUAUCCGCAAUUGGGUUGUCCCCAUCGAUUUGGGAAAUCAACUAGAGCAACAAUUUCGUUCCAAAGUAAGUAACAUAUUUAUAGAAAAACAAAAACCUUAACAUACUGGAGAUGGAGAACCCUUCCCAUAAGCGAUGACCUUCUAAUUCGCGCACCUCAGCCACGUCUCAUGAAGGACGGCGUGGACUACACAGCUCAAGAAUCCCAAGCACGGCAGAAGUGUCACGCCAGCAUCAACGAGUGGGUGGCAAUACGCGCGCCGCCUAACGUUGAAGAAGCACCCCUUCAUAACUUGAGUUUGUCUAGAGAGUUGUUACAGACACAGGAGUUUAUCGAGGGGAAUGCAGAUCAUCAUGAUGGUAACCGUAACGACGACCGCAAUCAGCUGCAUGAUCAAGAUGAUAUCAGUAGUGAGCAGAUGCGGAGAAUACAAAAGCGAAGGGAGGACUUAUUGGCGGCGAGAGAUAGUUAAGGGCAAGGUCUGAAGUUCGGUCACAUCAGCGUCUCAUCAUGUUUUUUCCUGGGUUUUCCCUGUCUAAUAAAUCGUGUAUGUUGCGUUAGCAUUCCUAAAGUACUUCUACAAUCUACAACCUCCUCAUCCUCUAACACCCAGCUGCCACGCUCCAGAAAGAUAUCCUUGAGCAAAAGAGGGCAGCAGCUAGAAAAAUGGCUGUAUUAGGUCAGAAGCCGGACAGUCGCGCUCAUUUCAUUGACCGACGUGCCCAAGAACUUCUCGCUGGGAGACUCGGAGCAGCACAAAGUCUCGAAGGCCAAGAGCAACAGCCAAUGAAUCAACUGAGAUAUUCUAGUCCGCUGACGACUGGGAGAUCAUCUUAAGGCUUACUCUACAGUCCAUGCUCUGAAGCAUGAUUUUUUCCUCAUGACUUCUAAGAACAAAACGUCUCCGAGAUGAGCAUCUACGUACAAUAACAUUGAUAUGGGUGACCUCUAAUCAUCAGCGACAACGGGAAUGAUGAACACAAUGCCGAUAGAAGGAUCCAUUUUCCUUCAAAAUCUUGAAAAACGGCAAGCGUCUGCAACAGGAGCUGAGCCGCCGAAGCCUCCAAGGUCAGUGGAUAUGGAUGAGGAGUUGAUGCAUGUCAAAUACCAGUCUACCUUACAAGAUGAAGCUACUUUUAUGGGAUUUUCGCCACCAGAUCGGCUAACUGGCACAUUAAACACAGCGGCUUCCAGCUCAGAACAAGACGACAAGGGUAUACGAGAAAAACCACUUGCGCGUCAGUUCUUGGCUAGUUACGCUGGCAUUCUUGGGAACUCGCCUCCGCAACCAGCUAGAGACCUAGUUCGCGGAGUGCAGCAAAAUCAAAGGCGGUCUAGCGUUAGUCGACAGAGUCGUGCUAGUGUCGAAGCGUUGCGUGAUAUGAGGUCUGGUCGCGACUCAGCGGUGGUUGAAGAUGCGUUGCUUGCGGUGAGAAAGUCUGUGCAGCAAAACAUUCAGCAAGCAGCGGCGAUGAAUAGCUUAGGCAGUCCUGCUGAUGCUGGCGCAGAGGGAGUAUUGUUUUUCGGAACCACAGGCGCUCGAGAAUCAAACUCAAGGCCAAGUGCCGCUACUUCCUCUUCCAGCACCAAAAAACGUAAAAGCACGUCGAUUGUGGAACAAUUUUGGCGGCCAACAGGAGAUGCGACUGGUGACGAAGAUGAUGAACUCGGUUUUGGACUCAAUGUUGAUGGUGGCGAAAUAAAUCCUCAAAAGUCGAUAUUUGAGGAAGUAGUCUGUGUGCCUGAAGUAGUCGUUCGAGGCACAGUGGAAGAGGCGAAAAGAACAUCUAUCAAACUGUUUUUGAAUCGGGGUGCAGAAGCAGAAGUAGAACAGAAACAGAACAUCAGAAUGAGUGAGAAGAACGACCCAAGAAAGAGUACGGUUGGCACUUUUCGACAGGGUAGUACUAGAGAAACCGAUGACAAGGAAGUCAAAGAGAAGAAGAGCAUAAUAAACAGUAUCAACGGAGACAACGUGAAUAGGCGUGCUUCUGCAGCAAGUAUUGGGGGAGCAAGUGUUGCGCGAACAACUAAUACAGUAGUGCGAGGAGUAGGAGGCGUAGGAGACCCACAGCGCAAUAUUCCAGACAGUAGAGACACAGGAGUAGAGACACAGGACUUUAUCUCUUUCAACAAUGACAUUCAAGUUCAACUGCAAGUUCCUGCUCAACAACCUCGGGACCAGCGAAAGAAGUCAACCUUAUCACCACGUACGACAACUCCCUCUCCAGCGGAGAGGGGCACUUCUCCAAGGAUCACUUUUGACACAGCAGCACAGAGCAUGCGCGCUUAUUCCAUAACGAGGACAAGUGUAGAGCAUAGUGGCAAAAGAAUGCAUGCAACAGAAAGGCGAUGGACCUCGUUUGCGCCAGCUAGCAGUCUUGGUGAAGAUAGUCUUCGUGACAGCACUGAUACUAGAACAACCAAGCAAGAACAGCAUUCCGUUUAUCCUCAAGUAGAUCCUCUGCAACCCUUGGAUGACAUGUUCCUGUCUUUGGUUCCUACUUCGCCUAGUACGGUGGGAGGAAAUAGCAUGGAGGCGCUGGAGGCUCAAUUGUUUGCUGAAGAUGAGAACGAAGGAACUACUUCCAUUACUUAAGGCUUCUCCUAUUCCAUCUCCGGAAGCAUCUUGGAGACGUUUUCAAGGGGGAAAUGGAUUCGGGAUGCUGCUCAGGAUGGAUUAGGGUGAGCUCCAAACUACCGACGAAGUCUCUCUGGUUACUUUGAUAGAAAGGUUGUAUACGAUGGCGUAUAUUACGAGAACGCCGAGUACUUCCACGACGAGAGGUUUGGAGAGCGAGGAGAGGACCAGGUCGCCUGUAACUCAGGCCGAUUUCGCGACACUAGUCGGCCUUUCGAUGCGCUUUGCACUGGAAUUCGCAGCCAAAGCCGAUUCCGAUGCUAGGUCGUGGAAGAAGCGGCGCUCUUACCUGGAUCUAGUAGUAGAUUACGCGGAAAUUUUGCUAGAUGAUAACGGUCAUCCUGUGUUGCUGAAAAGAGACAACUUGCCCUUUUUCUUGGCGUACAUGAACGAAUACUUGGAUUUUUUUGGCUCUUUCUGGGCAGAAGUUGUACGUCACAAUGUUGCUGCUAGUGGAGGUCAAGGUGGACAAGACAUUUUCGAACUAUCAGAUGGCACUCUUCUGCGACGUGAUCCACAGAGUACGGUGUUUUACUACGACCCUAGUACAACUAGUAGUAAUUCGAAAAAAGAACCAAAUGCUGCCGCAAUAAAUACCGGAGAACGGCAUCUCCUAGCUCCCAUCGUUCGUGAUGACAGUAUUACACUUACAGUCAUUCAGAAUCUAGAUAGCAAUGCGCGUGGUUUUGUCCUAUUCGAAGAGUUGGCGGACUAUGUGGUGUCGAGGAGAAUGCAGGACGUAGGAGGAGUAAAAAGUAGUCCCGAACGAGGGCUAAGUAGCAGUCCGGAACGGGGGUUAAGUAGGAGUAGGAGUCCUGAGCGAGGGCAAUCGCAAUCUGCAAGUCCUGAUCCUGCUGAAAGAGGACAGAUCGAAACGAGUCCGGUAGUUCCUGGAGCUGGAAGUGACGUUGUUCAGCAGCAAUCUUCGCACGUAAAAACAGCAGAACCAGAAGCAAGAACACAAAUAGAAGAGCAGAAUCUACUCAUAGCGGAGAUCGCCACAACGCCCUUUCCCUUACCUAAUCCAAGACUUGAUGCAACUGAAGCAGGUCCUCAAGUAUCUUCUUCAAGAGCGUUAGACACUCGAACUACAACCCAAUAUAUCCCGGCUGCUCCAGCCAGAGAGGCAAGUAGUAGCAAAGAAUCAAUGUCGACGUCGAGGAUGAGCAAAAACUACAUUCUCGGAGCGUCAACACAGGAUGGACAUGGAGGGCAAUCACCUGAGGCUACCCAAUCGGGAGACCCUUCUCCACCUGCUCCAGCAACUGCGACAGAAUCAGAAGUUGGAGACUCAACAACUACUACUACAGGAGGAAGAACUACCAUCACCAGAGAUUCGACCAAUCAGAGAGCUUCUGCAGAUGCAGGAUCCGGCGUAUCGAGGAACUCUACAUCUAGCUCUCCUACCACCUCUAGGAACUCUACCUCAAAAGGUGUAAGGAGGAAGCGAAGCACGAAAAGACUAUCAUCCACUGGGGAUCUCCGGUUGGUGUCUUAUGGCGAGCAGCUAGAGGUCACCGACAAUGAGAUGGAGGCAGUAGAUAUAGGAAGCUUUUUACAACACUCCGCAUCUGAAAACGAAAAGGAAAACGAAGCUGUGCCUGUAGAUGAUCAAAAGGAAAACGGAAGUGGUGUUGUAGCUGUAGAUGAUCAAGAAAGACAAAAACAAACGCCUGUACAACUGCAAGAACUGGACGCAGAGCCACAAGCGAUGAAACAACCGACAUCACCAUCAACGCCAGGGUUCGGAAGUAGUGAGGGCGCAUUCGUGGAUAGAAGAGGCAAUGCCAGUAGUAGAACCGGAGCAGGAGAACAGCCAGCACAAGGUCCUCAAGGCGUACAAGAACAGGAAGAGCCACGUUUUUCAGGCAAAGUCACCUGGACAGAGAUCGCGGCAGCGUUACCUCACCAGAUCGAACAGCAUCAGAAUGGGGACACAUCGCUAUUUCGGUUUCUACGUGACACAGCUUCGUCCAGUCGGGAUAGCCUACAUCUCGAAAUGUCGCAUUUCCAGACGAAAACAUCUCCUUCUUCAUCUUCGACUUCCGAUAUAGUGCCUGAUCGCUUGUGGGCCUGGAUCUUGGGUCGGCAGGAUCUGCUGGAAGAUAGUAGGAAACAAGGCGAACAGUCGUCGAAUUCUUCUGGGGCUUCCACCUCUUCAUCAACAUUAACAGGCUUGGCAAAUGCCAUUCCACUUGGCAUGCAUUCCUUAGAGCAUGCUUUUGUGUAUGCGAACGAGCUUGAGCCGAAUCCUACACAAAUGUCGGAAACCUCGUUCUUCCACUUUCUCAUGUAUCUCCUGGACUUUUCACAACUUUUCGUCAUCUUCUUGGGCGAAGAAAGUAUGCACAGCAACAUCUUGAAGAAGCCCAAAUCAACAAGAACAUCUUUUUCAUCAACUUCUCCCGCCUCAGAAAACCAACUCCUAUCCCUCGACUCCGACUUCGAAGUGCGAACAAUAACUCUUGAGUUGUAUCACCAGAAGCUAGGACCACCUCUGAUCGCGUGGGGUCUGCCUGAAGAAAAGCUAGCUGUAGAUGCUCAUACAGUGGAAUUUUUCUCUAAGGGACUCGUAGAAUACCCAGACUUUGCUGAUUGGGCUAUUCGGAGGGCAGGCGAACAGGAUGUUGAGAUCCACUAAAACUAAAAGCAGUAAGUGUAGUAAGGAUGAUAUUAAGAUUAACGCUAACGCUAAGUACGUGUACGGAUAGGGAUACGUCGGAAGCUAAGACUAAGUAAGAGAAAAAAUCAAAGUGAAGAGAAAAUUAGUUGCAUCCGCUAAAGAACCAGAACAUUGAUAUCCAAGAUGAGUUUGAGUUCAUUGGUGGUAGUUGUGAACCUAGAUCAGAAUAGCUCGAGUUCUUGUGGUUGUGAGUGUUGAUUUGAAUAAUCUUCAUUUCUCUUCUUGUUCUUGAAAGUUGUAAUUUUUUUUCAUCGUCAAUUUCUUUCCUCAACUUCGCUGAACGUAUUAAGAAAGCCAACCUGUCGUUCACCGACAACAAACGUGUAUCACCACAUUGACUAAAAGGACGCCAAUGCCAUUACUCAUUGUUGGACGCUCUGGGUAGCUUAUUGCACACUCGCUUCUGAACCGAAUAAUGACGCGCACGCGAUGUCUCAUGUUGUUGAGAUUGAGUCAUGUUGUAGUUGAUCAUGUACUAUGUAGAUGUACUUGUACAUGCUACUUCGUACUACUUCUGCAUGUACAUAUAUUUAAGUAGAAUUGUAAUCACGACACCAGGUGCUAAUUGUAAUUGUCCC